AUGUUGAGCAAGGAACUACCAGGAAUCCUUGAGUGCUGGUACCAUCCACCAAGAAACCAACACAAAGGCCGAAGACCUGUGGGUGCCUGUCAGAACCUGCAAAAAUUCACCAUUAAAUGCAUGGCAGACUUACUGGAGUACGAGAUAGAGCAUAUUGCCCCACUCUUCACAUCACCACCUGACAAGCUCUCUCAAGCACAUCUGACAAGUUUCAAUUUCAAAGACUUCAUCAAAAAAGUCUCCGCUGGUGCACCAGUGCUGUGGGAUGUACUUGAACAUCUCGUGUUCAGUGCAAAACAGCAAGCACAUAACACACACAAGAGGCCAGCAAUGGUAAUUUUGCACUUAAUAUUGCAGGCGCAAUAUACACGAUCACAUCGUUGGGGACGUGUGACAAAGCUGUGGGCAAUCUACUUGAAAGCAUGUGGGUUAUCAGCGCAUGCCUUCGAUGCCCUUCACAGACUUGGCAUUGUAAUGAGCCAUAAAUGGGCAGCCAAUGUGUAUGGUUCAUUGUCGAGCCGUGCUAUGGAGGAGGUCAGGGAAGAUAUUCAGCGCUUGCCGUGGGUAAUCUCACACGACAAUGUCAACAUACCGAUGCGUGUGUUUUCCCAGCGCUUGCACAAUAAGAGCCACUUGAAUUGGUAA